AUGGCUCUGAAUGCCAAUAUACUGCGGACAGUGAUUCCACAGCCGGAUCGACAAGCUUGUGUCCGCGCCUAUAUCGACAACACCCUCACAGACCUCGUUGAUCAGCUCUCUCUUCCCCCAACAGAAGCGCAGCCCUCCAUUAGAAUUCGACGCAGAGCCACCCCGGCAAACUGUACCAUCAAUCGAGGUAGUGGAGCACUUGAGGCAGUACCGAAUUUGGAGGUGUAUCGCACGUACUCCUGGCCUGGGGCGACAGCGUAUGAGUCGUGGAAGUUCACUGUCAUCAUUCGGAUACUUGCGAUCAUUGAUCAGGCAGUACGAAGUGGACAAUGGGUGUCGAAGAGGGACAUCUACUACAUCGAUCCCGCAUACUUCCGCUCCCAGGACACGGUCGACACGGUGAUAGAUGAGCUUGCUUACACAAUUGGAGUUGACCGUGGAGCAUUGAACGUUGAAGCUGCGGGAAAGGGCUUGAUAGCAGGGGCUUUCGCUUUGAAGCGUGAUUCACGCCUUGUUCUUGAUGCUGGGUUUGCUACACAGGAUACACUGGUGCCUCGGAUCCAACAAAAUGAUGAGAUUGAUAUCUUGGCUACCCGUUGGGUACUUGUUAUUGAAAAGGAGGCGGUUUUCCAUCGACUGGUGCGAAAUGAUUAUUACAACAGGGCAGUUGCUGGCCAGGGAAUUCUCAUAACCGGCAAAGGAUACCCCGACAUCAGAACACGCGAGUUCAUCCGACACCUUUUCGACGCAACAUGCAACGACCGACGCCCACCCCGAUUCUAUGCUCUGGUGGACGGGGAUCCGCACGGAGUAGAAAUCAUGUCGACAUACAAGUACGGCUCAUUGGCACAUGUGCACGACAACGCAAGUCUCAGCAUCCCGGGUUUGAAGUGGCUUGGUCUGAAAGUUUCAGACGCAAUCAUUGCAUCAGAAGCCACGGGUAGUGACGGCAUCCUCACUUUGAAGCCCCGAGAUCGCAAGAAAAUCCUUGCUAUGCUUCGCAACAGUCCGGUGUUGGCCAAUGAUGGACCUGAGGCGGAAUGGCGCAUUGAGCUCCAACGGAUGUUGAUGCUGAAUAUCAAGGCGGAGAUUGAAUUAAUGUACGAACUUGAAGGUGGACUGGAGAUGUGGAUUGAUCGGAGGAUGUUUCGCCAGGAGUGA